ACAGCAUCACAACCCUAAGAGCAGUACCGAUACACCACAACAUCGAGACAUCAUCAUCUUGUCUUCGGAAAUACUAGUACGGUUUAGCUGUCUGUAUGACAUUGUAUAGUCCAUUGCAGCUCCGAACAUUUGAGACUUCUAUAAAGAAAAGGAACACGCGUAUCUGUCCAUCUCACAAGUAUAUCUCGAGGUCAAUCCUGCAGAUUCGAUUCCUAUUUUGAUUGAGCAGAGCAAUGAGAACGCUUUCGGUUCCGAUGCUCUUGCGGGCUUCAUCCAACCUGUUUAGCGGUCGACAGACAGCGUCGAUUAUUAGGAGCAGCAUCCAUCGACAGUCAGUGUGUGGUGGAUCUCGUCGAAUCCGUCUUUUUUCGGGUAAUGGAGACUGGAAUCGGGAACUAUCCAAGCCACAAGAUUUUGAUGUGACGGCACCCAUCAUAAGAGAGGCCAGGAUCCUUUCUUUGACAGACCCUCACGACACUGCGAACGACCCAGUCAAUGAUGCCGCCAAAGAUCCAUCACUCCUUCCGGAAGGUGCCUCACUUCUGGCCAUUGGAACUUGUUUGGAAGAAUUUGACAUGGAUACUCUGAAACCACAAGAACCCAACGUCAUCUUUGUCAGUCACCCCCUGGCGCGGGAACCAUUGGCUCAAUUGCUACAGGAACUCCCGUCCAUUGAAUGGAUUCAUGCCCGAUCCGCAGGGAUUGAUUUUGUCGCGUCCCCUACAUUGGCUUCUUCCACCGAAGUGAUAAUGAGCAACGCAAAAGGAACCUUCUCCAGCACCUUGGCCGAGUACACUCUCAUGGCCUGCAGCUAUUUUGCCAAGGAUCUCCCCCGUCUUUUGAAGCAAAAGGCUGAUUGUAACUGGACCAAGUACCCCGUGUUGGAAGUACGGGGAGCAACAUUGGGGAUUAUUGGAUACGGUGACAUUGGUCAUGCCAUUGCUCGACUCGCAUCCGCUUAUGGAAUGAAAGUGCUUGCUCUCAAACGACAUGUUCGGGACAAUGACAAGAAUGAUCCCUAUUGCGACGCCAUCUAUAGUAGUAGCGACACGGACUCUUUGCAUAGAAUAUUUGCCGAGAGUGACUACGUGGUCUGCGCCACUCCGCUGACAGCUGAAACCGAGCGGAUGAUUGGCAGGGAACAGUUUGAUCAAGCCAAAGAGGGAUCUGUGUUUAUCAAUGUUGGACGAGGGCUGGUAGUGGACGAAGACGCAUUGGUGGAUGCCUUGAAAGCUGGCAAACUAAAAGGGGCGGGCUUGGAUGUGUUUGCCAUGGAGCCGUUGCCGACAUCCAGCGAGUUGUGGCGCUUGGACAAUGUCUUACUGAGUCCGCACAACAUGGAUAUGACUGAAACAUUCAUGACAGAGGCUUCCACCUUCUUUGUGGAAGAAAAUCUACCAAGAUUCCUCCGUGGUAUCCCCCUGUUGAAUGUCGUGAACAAGGCCGCCGGAUACUAACUAGUCCUGCAACUUGAAAAAGUAAGUAGUAUGGACCGCAGCAGGAGGGACUAGCUAGAUAGAUUUCUUUCCUCUUUCUUGGCAAAGUCAAAAGCUUGGCAUAUCAAUGGUACCUUGCAUCGUAGCGGUCCCAACAGGAGGCUUUUGUGCUUUCUCGGGCAGAGACAGAAGCAUGGUUUCCCCGCGACGGUUUAAUUUAUUUCAGCUUCACUGGCUGGAUCUGUCAAGAAAUAAUAACUCCAUGAAAGAUCCCCAGAUCCCUGACCUCGUACACCGGUGCCAGUACAUGUACUGUAGCAAGCUGUACCAG